UUAUUGGACAUUCUAAUGAACUCUAUACCCAAACCAGAAAAACAUGCUGAAUCAUUGCUAGACAUUUGUCAUGAUACAAAUUCUUCUCCAACUGAUUCAAUAGUUACUAAAAAACAAAAUAUAAUCUUGCAAAGCAUCAGCAGCAGUGAGGAGUUUGACCAAGAUGAUGACUGCAGUCUUUCCCUACUGGCUAGUGAAGAAGGAGAUGCAAGUGGCGAUGGACAAGACUGGCAACCCAGGACAGAAGGUGUUGAAAUUAUUGUUGCUUUUCCAAGAGAUGUCACAGAUCCUCAAGAAGUGAGCCAAGAAGUUUUCAAAGAAAACAAUCAGAAAUCCUCAGUGCAUCAAGAAUGGACGCGAGUACAUUCUGUUUCUCUCGCAAACGAGAUUAAGAUGGUGAACUUCAGGACAAAGAUGCUGACCAUGCCACCUUCAGUUCUGAAGAAAGAGGAAAGUUCUAGGGAGGACUGUCAUGUGAAUUCGGAUUUUUUGUUGCCAAAACCUUGCCUAGAACCAAUCAUUUCUAAGUCUGUAGCCAGAGAAGAUGUUUUUCACUUUCUACAGGGGCAGCAAAGGAAAUCUGAAGAUUUUUCUUCCUCUGAUAUGAAGCACAGUAGACGAGGAGUUGAGCAACCUCUGCCACCAUUGUCACUCUUGUCUAUGCGACCUGGUCUCUUUACUAUUCCCCCAAGUCGCAAGGAUCAAAAGGAGAGAGAAAGAGAUAGUUCAAGCCUCAUAUCCUUUGCUCCUAAGUUCUCUGAGGCUGUGAGUCGGUCUGAUGAGUUUCAAGCAUCAAGCAAGCAGCAGGAGGUUCCAUUUAAAGUGUUUGUGGAACAGACUCUCAGGUCUUCUGAUGGCUCCAUUUGGUCCAGAAACCUGUGCUCUUUUUGGAAGGCUAACCAUCACAGACAACACCUGGGGAUAAAGGGGGAUCUGAAAUCCAAGGAAACAGAUGAGUAUGACAAAACUGAAACAUCUCACUUUGCAAAAAGGCAGUCUUUGGUAUCCUUUGAAUCUUUUAAGGAAUGUGAUUUUCCUAUGGACCAGAAAGAGGAUCUUGAUUCUCUUCGUAGUGAAAUUAGCAAAACAGAAGAGGAAAAUUCUCAAUGUCUAGCACCCCAAAUGAGAGGAGAUCCAGAAGCCAGAAACCAUGAGCAAGAUUCAGAAGUGUUACAUGUCAUGCCAAUCCAGUUCCAGGAAAUCCAGCAUUUAGAAAGAGCUCAAAGACAGACUGAAGAGACUAGAAAUAAUAAACCUGAUUCAAAAAGCACUGUAGUACCUGAUGAUGAGGCAGUGGCCUUGAAUCAUAUUUUAGAAGAGUUUUCUGAACCUAAAGCUUUGUUGAGUGCAGUUCCUGAUGACCCCAUUGAUAAUAAGCUCCCAAGCAGUCAGAGAGACAUAGAGACAAACACAAAAAUAUCAAUAGCAGAGACAACCAAACCGGAAAUGAGUGGGCUGGUGCCACUUAUCCACAUCACUUUCCCGGGAGAAAGAACUCCUAAGGAGCCAGCAAUAACCAAACCAAGCCUCCAAAAAAGAAAGAGUGCUCUUCCUAACAACAGCUUCAACAUGUUAGCACGCCAAGAAAGUGACAGGCCUAAGCUGAAAACCCAUAGAAAUAAGAUGGACUCCAAAACCAAUGGUAGCAAUAAAACACCUCAGAAUUUCAUGGUUACCAGUACAGAAGGUUCCACCAAGCCCAGCAUGCAUAAAACUAGCAUAAAAACACAAGUCUUCCCAGCUUUGGGGCUUGACCCUAGGUCUCGACAAACAUCCAAGUUUCAAAGGAGGAUGCCACAGAUAGAAAAGAAGCCAUCACCGUACCGGGCUCUGAAACCUAAAAAGCCAUCAUUUCCUUGCAUUAAUAAAAAUUUAGGAACAAAAAAAUCCUCUGUUCAGCCAACAGAACCGCGACCUACUCACUUAGAUCUCAAGUAUAGUGAUAUGUUCAAAGAAAUCAACUCAACUGCUAAUGGACCCGGAAUCUAUGAGAUGUUUGGGACUCCUGUCUACUGCCACAUGCGAGAGGCUGAACGGCACGAAAACAGGUAUUACCGAGACAUAGGCUCAGCCCCACUUGGCAGAAGCAUCACCAAUAAAUGCCGGACUUCACACAGUGAAAGGAAUAGCAAUAGCAGAGCAAGACUACCUCAGAAAAGGCCACAUAUUAAGCCCACAAAGCCCUCCCUUGGCAUCAAAAAAAAGCACAAAAGUUUAACUUCUGAAGAAAAAGGAUGCAAGGCUAUAGGCAGUAGCAUACCAGACGCUGAAAACGAUAAUGGUAUUUCAGAGCAAGAGUGGCAGGGAACAUCUUCGGAAACAGACUUUCUUCCCCCCAGAGAUGAGGUUAGGCUCACAAACUUGACUCAGACUCAUGAACGGCCCAUCAAACAGAAUGAAUUCCUUCCUGUCUCAAAUUUGUCUAUUAUUGAAGAAAUCUCUAUGGAAGAGUCUCUUGAUGAAGGAGACAUUUCUAACAAUCAAAUACUUGCUGCAAGCCUCAGGGAUCUGCAUGAACUUGAACAGCUACAUCACCAGGCCCCAUUUUUCCUCUCAGAAAACAGCUGGGUAUUGCCCAGUGAGAAGAAUUCCAACAAGCAGAUACUACAGAAGGAGGAGGAUACAGCAUCUCUUGGUAAAAUAAGUGCCAACCAAAUUUUACCUAAUGAUCUAGAAUUUGAUUGUGUCCCUAAUAAACCUAAAACCCUCAUAAGUUUCUCUUUCCAAGAGAAACAAGAAAAUGCAUCUCCCCAGAUAUAUCAACACUGGGCACAUUCCUGGGAUGAGGAUAGUUUAGUUGAUAAGUCAGUUAUAUAUCAAAGCUUUGGACAAACAUUAAGUGAUGCAAACCCAACUUCCCAAGCUAUUGUAGACUCUCUAGAGAAUGAAGAAUUGACAGAUGAACUCUUAGGUUGUCUUGCUGCAGAACUGCUCGCUCUUGAUGAGAAAGAUAAUGAGACUUUCCAAAUAAUGGCAAAUGAAACAGAUCCUGAAAACAUAAACCUUCUCUUUGGUGGGAGUGAAAAUACAAGAGAAGAAUUGGUCAGGGAGACAACAGAUGUUGAGAUACAGGGAUAUAAUAAUGGGUUCAGAAUAUAUAAUAAGGAGGAGAAAUAUCUCAAAUCAAAUGGAAAUAAGACAUUUUCUGAAAAUAAUUUAAAGUGUGAAGAACCUACCCUCUGGACCAAGGGUGAGAUCCUUGGGAAGGGAGCCUACGGCACAGUAUAUUGUGGUCUUACUAGCCAAGGACAGCUAAUCGCUGUGAAGCAAGUGGCUCUGGACACCUCUGAUAAACUGGCUACUGAAAAGGAAUACCGGAAACUGCAAGAAGAAGUAGAUUUGCUCAAAGCACUGAAACAUGUCAAUAUCGUGGCCUAUUUGGGGACAUGCUUGGAAGAAAACAUUGUGAGCAUUUUCAUGGAGUUUGUUCCUGGUGGCUCCAUCUCUAGUAUUAUAAACCGCUUUGGGCCACUGCCUGAAAUGGUGUUCUGUAAAUAUACAAAACAAAUUCUGCAAGGUGUUGCUUAUCUCCAUGAGAACUGUGUGGUGCACCGAGACAUCAAAGGGAAUAAUGUUAUGCUCAUGCCUACGGGAAUAAUAAAGCUGAUUGAUUUUGGCUGUGCCAAGCGUCUGGCCUGGGCUGGCUUAAAUGGCACACACAGUGACAUGCUGAAGUCCAUGCAUGGGACGCCAUAUUGGAUGGCACCAGAGGUCAUUAACGAAUCUGGCUAUGGAAGGAAGUCGGAUAUCUGGAGUAUUGGCUGUACUGUGUUUGAGAUGGCCACAGGGAAGCCUCCGCUAGCUUCUAUGGACAGGAUGGCUGCCAUGUUUUAUAUUGGAGCACACCGAGGACUGAUGCCGCCUUUACCAGAACACUUCUCAGAAGAUGCCGCAGACUUUGUGCGUGUGUGCCUGACCAGGGACCAGCAUGAGCGACCUUCUGCUGUCCAGCUUCUCAAACACUCCUUCUUGAAGAGAAGUCAAUGA